AUGGCAAAGGUGAACAAUCUUAUAAAUAAUGCCAGUAAUUUAAAGGAUCACCCAGAGGUUGCCUUUCCUUUGUCAAGUGAGAGUGAAAUUAGAAAAAUCUUAAAAGAAGGAAUUAUAGAUGUAAUGAAGAAACUUUUAGAGGAGAAACCUCUUAAAAAAUAUCCAUUAAAAAUAUCAAAAAAGAAACCCAAUUCGCUGAAAAGCAAGAGCCUCUCAAAGAAGCUGAAAAGUAUUUCUCUGGAAUUAAAAGACCUAACCACCUCCCAGAUGACUACUGGUACGAUAUUCCCAGUCCAAAAAAAACAGAAGAAAAAUGUACACGACUUUGCUCUGCCAGAUCAAAUCGAUCAAGCCGCCAUUUCGUUGACAUUUAACCCCAAGUCCAAUGGUUGGUGCGGUUUCUGUGUAUUUGCAUACCUGAAAGAGGGUGGAGAGGAUCAGUUCCCUUUGGUGAAGAAGAAAAUGUUAGCCAUGAUGGCUACCCACAGUGAGCUCUAUGAGCAAAACUUUGGAAUGGAUAGUGCUGAGGUAACAAAGGUCAUUGCAUUUGGCUCUGACAUUGACCCAGCCAUUGGUAAGAACAUCACUUACUGUUCUUCCUCCAUGUGGUUCUCUGUGCCAGACUGUGCUCAAAUAAUAGCUGACGCCUAUAACGAGCCUGUUUGUGUAUACUCAGAUGAUAGAAGCAUCUUGCCCAUAACUUUCCUUUCCCUUCAUGAUCGGAAGCUUCUCAAAAGAAAGCCAUUGCCAAUGGUAUUGCACCAUGUACAUGGGUGCCACUGGACAACAAUCAAAGUUAAGCCUCAUGUACAUCUGUCCUGGCCUGAGGUAAAUGCGCUAUAUUUUGAUGCUGUCCAUAGAGGGAGUAUCCCUGACUGUUUUUCUACAAGUUGA